UGCAAUCAAUAACUAAAAACAUACAUAUAGUUAUAUCUUGAAAGGGCUCAGAUUACAGCAAAAUGGUAGUUAAACAUGACUAACUCAUUUACAAGUAAAAUAAAAUGACAUUACGAACAGAUUUAGAUUCGUUCAGCAACCCUAUCGGAAAGCUAAAGAAGAAUGGUCGCUAUAUUAUCGUAAUGUUCACGUGAUGUUUAGAGAGGAAAGUGAAAAUAGGAAAGACUUUGUCCAAAACUUAUGGCACCAUAGGGAAAAUAUACUUAUACAACAACAAGAAGCAGAGGUAAACUAGAACGCGUAGGGGAACCGUUCUAGGAUCCAAUCCCAAUUACCACCACUACUACUACUACUACUACCACUACUCUGAAAAGGAAAGGAUAGAGAGAUUCUGAUAGCAUUGAAAAGUUAAGAGAAAUGAAAAUGGGAAGAAAAACAAACAUAUAAAAUUGACUUUUAGUGGGGGUUGGGGGGAAGGUGAUAAUAAAUUUAUCUAUGAACGAAAAUGAAACAAAAAUAUAUGAAAUGAGAAGGAAAGAAAGAAAUAUGAAAGAAGAUUGCAGCGGGAGUACAUAGGAAAGGGAAGGGCAUGGCAAGGUUUCCCACAAAACUAAGGACGCAGCAGCCCUAGUGCAAAUCACAACACGAUAAGACUAAUGUGAAAGACCGAAAUAUGAGCAAAAAAAAAAAAAAAAAGUAUAAAUGUCCUUACGAUGUGUUACAGAGAGAAAUAGAGACACAAGAUAAGUUAAGGGAAUGGGAGUAGUAAAAAAUACGAAAAUGUUAAAAAGUAGAGAAAUAAAAGUGAAGAAACUAACUGUAUAAGAGCUGCAUAGCAAAAAUUUCAUGCAAACUGUUCAUGCGAUCCGUAAAACAAGAAACGGAAGAACAUUUUAUGGUAUAAAUGACGAGAUCAUAGAAAAACGAGAAGAAAUCCCAAAAUUGGGAAGAGUGGAAAAUAGCCUCUCCACACUGCUUUACUGUGUAAAAGAAAAAUUGCAACAGAGGAAACCAGGACUGACAAAAGAGGAGCUAAUACAAAUAAUAAUAGUAAUAAAACAUUGUCUACACCUAGAUGUAUUGAAGCAGUAGCUGAGAUAUAAUGAAGGAAAUAUGACAAGAGAACUUAUAAUGAAGAUAUAAAUGAAUACACAGUAACAAAUGAGUUAAGCAAGGGUAUACGCAGCACACAGCAUUGUUAAGAUGAUAAAAUAUAACAUUUGAAUAGAAAUGGAGAAAAAGGGAGACAGGAUUGAACCCUUGAACACAGGGUGGUUAUUUUUCGAUAUGGCGAGUUUAAAAAAAGUAAAGGAGAAAGUAAGGAUUUUAGUGGAGAUGUGUAAGAAGCAUGGUUUAGAUAUAAAUGAAGAUUAAAGCAAUAUUCUAGCAAAUUAUCAAUUAUGUGAUUUGGAGGAUACAAAAGGCAUAAAAGCUAAUAGGAAGGGAAUAGCUUUACCACUGAUAUUAUACAGAACUGAAGUCAUGAAAGGCAAUGGGACUGGCUGCAAAAGUGGAAAAUGAGGUGGCAAGGAAAAUGCCGGGAGCUCCUAGAAAUGCUGUAAUAUGUACAGUGAAGGGGGAUGAUAGGUAUGUUUAAGGUAUAUCUGAAAUGAAAGUGCGAAUCACGAGUGGAAGAAGACGGUUUAUGAAGAGAAUGCAAGAACGGGAAAAUUGUUUCCUAACGUGUUAGCAUUAGUAAAAGGGAAUUGGAACAAUAACUGUAGGAAAUAUGUGGCAGACAUGGUAAUAGAUGAAAGAAUACAGAGGAGAUAAAAAAAGGAGAUAAUGAAAAAAAUUGAUAGUAAAAACUAGUAGAAAGAAGUCAUCAGUAAGAGCAGUUUAUAAAUCUACAUGGAAUGGAAGAUAGACGUAUGAGUAGAUGGAAUUCUUGGAAACAUGACAUCAUUAAUUACUCUACCUAGAAGAUACAUCAAAUUUCCCACCUCCCCAAAAGUAGAAAAAAAAAAAAAAAAAAAACAUCACGGAGGUCAUUUGGUAUGCACGCUACGUGGGCAGCAGAUCUUAACCAUUUCAUGCAGUGGUGCAAGGAAUAUAGCUCUGACCAUAACACGUAUAGUGUAAAUGUGUAAUGUGUCCGCAGCUGUGAUUGUGGAAUGAGAAUUUAGGAGCAAGGAAGGAGUUCAGCAAGGAAAAAACUAAAAGCUAUAGAAUUACAGCAGCUAUGUCAAGUACGGGAGAAAAUUUAUUAAGCCUAUUUUAAGGAAGAACAGAAGAGGGGGGAGAAAUAUCGCACAGAACGUGGAGGACUAGAGACAAGAAACUAAAGAACGAGGAUUAAGGAGCCUGGGAAGUGCCGAUACAAAGGCAACAUCUCCCAGUUGAACUGAAGAGAACUGAAAGUUCAAGGCUAUCAGAUUUUGGUAGGCACUGGUCGUCCAAUAUGGGUGGUCCAAAGUACGUUUCGUUGCUAUGAUGCUUCUUCCUUCUGUUUUCUACAUUCUGCUGGACUAUCACAUGUAAUCAACUUAAGUGUGCUGAUGUUAUCAGAGAUUACUUGGGAAAUAUCUACAGUACUCAUGUCCCUUGAUGCAGCUUCAUCACUCAGCAUUACAUCAAAGAAAAUGGUUUUUCGAAAAAUUUUGAAAUUAUGCUCUAGCUGUUUGAAACUUAGUACUUUAUUUGCGGUAGAACUUGGCAUGAGAUGUUUGUAAAUACUGCAUCGAACUAUGAAUACUCAGAUGAUGAUGAUGAUGACCAGUCAAUGGUCAGUCUGCGAAUGGGCAGGACUGUGCACCGAACUUACAUGGGGCGAAGAUCAGGAUGCUCGCAGCCUGCUGUUAUAGCAUUAUUGCUGAUAUCAUGUUUCAUCUUCAUCCUCUUCCACUUAGCGAGUAUGGUACCUAGGAAGCCAGUGCCACCUAACUUUGCCUGGGCUGCCAAUGCUUCGAGAAAUAUAACACUAUAUAUUAGACCCAACGAACCAACUUCUCUCCUUCAACCGAAAAAUUUUUGCAAGCCAAAUCCUUUUAUUUUGUUUGUUGUCCCUAGUGCAAUUAAUAACACCAAAGAAAGAGUAGCCAUAAGAAGAACUUGGGGUCAGUGGGCAAAUACUCAUGCUUCAAGAGUUUUAACAAAAGAAGAAUCUCCACCAAAUAAAAAUAAUCAGAAAAGUCCCUUGGAACCUUAUGUCCAUCCAGCUAGGCUGUCCAAACUAGUCUUUCUGCUUGGAAAAAGUCGUGGACAAGACCCUAUAAGUAGCUCAGUUCUUGAGGAAAGUAGAUUAUAUGGUGAUAUUGUUGUUGAAGAUUUUGUUGACUCAUACACUAAUCUUACAUUAAAAUCAGUGUUUAUGUUGAAAUGGGUUCACCAGAAUUGUCCCAAUGUUAACUUUGUAAUGAAGGUUGAUGAUGAUAUUUUUGUCAAUGUUCUUAAUCUUGAGCAAGCUUUGAUGAAUAAGACUGUUGCUAAAACACCACUUCUGCUAGGAAGUCUCAUUUGUGGUGCUAGACCAAUUCAUGACCAGUGGUCCAAAUGGUAUACUCCAAAGUAUAUGUUUCGAGAAGGUAAAUACCCAAAUUAUCUAUCUGGGACAGGUUAUGUUAUUUCAGGAGAUAUAAUUCAGUCUCUCCUGAAAGCUGCCUUAUCCACAGAUUACUUUCACCUAGAAGAUGUCUUCAUUACAGGGUUGUGUGCUAGAACUAUAGGUGUUCGUGCUGUUGAUCAUGUAGGUUUUAGUUAUCAACCAAGAGCCAUUAGUGCAUGUUUAUAUCGAGAUGUGAUUAUGGGGCAUGGUGUUUUACCUUCAGAAAUGGUCAUACUUUGGAACAGGAUGAACCACCCAGCAUCCUUUGAGAAAUGCCAUCCUAUAAAGAAAUCAAAGUUACGAGGUCACACUCCAACAAAAUGUAACUGGAGAUAGGAAUAACUCAAAUGGUCACAUGCAUGUAAUUUUUGUGAGAUUUUAUAUUGAUAUCCUGGGAGAUGCAAACAGUCUUAGUUAUCUCAUGUGAGGUGAUAGUUGUUCAUCUUUUUUACUUUAUGAAUCUCAAAGGAAGAAUCUCAAAGGAAUUUUGUUAAGAAACUUAGCUUGUAGAUUGUAAUGGAGGUAUUCAAACCAGUUUUACCUUGUUGAAAAUUUGAUGUGUGCAUUAUUUAUUUUUAAAUUUUUCCAUCUACUGAACCCCACUGUUGACAAUCUCACUUCACUUGUUACUUAAAAUCCUAAAUGCAAGGUAAUUAAGAUUUUAAUCAUACUAUUCUAUAGUGUCUUGCAAGGAAGAGGUAAAAUUUUUACUUGAAACUUAGUCAAGAUGGCAUUAUCUACCAUAUUUGCAAAUUGUGCCAAGUAUUAUAAACCUAGCUAUAUCUUUUUCAUUAAAAGCAUGUGUAAUAGCUUGACCCCAUCUGAUUGUCUGAUUUUAUUUGGUAAAGUAUUCAGGUGUUAUAAAGGGAAGUAAAAUACAGAAUCUCAUAAGUAUCAGUGCUUUAUUGAGUUUUUAAUGUUUAUUUAAAGCUUGUAGUGUCAAUACAAACUCAUUUUGCCAUGGAACUCUUGAAUACUAAUUUUGUUUUAAUUUUAUAAUUGUAGGUUAUACUAGUUGUACUUGAAAAGUAGUAGUGGGUAAUGAUAAAGUUCUUUGUUGGAUUUUGAAUAUUCUUAUUCCAACUCUGGGGUCAUCUUCUGAGGGUGCCAAUUUUAUCAAGGCCAUUUAGUUGUGUUUUUGCAUUCUUUUUGUUCUUAUUUUAAUAGUAUGUAAUACUUUAAAAUAUAUAGUUCAUGAAUGUAGAGACUAUUUAUAGUAUAAAAGUGUUUCAAGUGAACAGUUUUCUCUUGCUGAAAGUUAAUGACUUUGUUAAAAUUGUUCAGACAUUCCUUAUUUGUAUAGUUUUAAAAACCUUACUAAAACAAACAAAUGAAUAUCUAAGGUAAAUACCAUAGACAAACUGUAUAUAAAUCCACCUUUAAGAAAAUAUAUUGAAAUCCACCUUCAGGAACAUAGAGAAUAUUGACUGGUGAUAAAAGGAUCUUUCCUGAAGGUACUGCCAUUCAGCCUGGUGAUCACAUACCUUCAGCUAAUAGGUUUUAUACAUGCGACUUACCC